AUGACGCUAUAUCUUCAAUUGAAUUAAAUUGGUGCAAUAGGUGCAUCAGGCUUAGGUUCUGCUUUAGCAAAUUAUACUAAUCUCUAGAAUUUGACACUUGAUCUUAGAUCGAAUUAAAUUGGUGCAAUAGGUGCAUCAGACUUAGGUUCUGCUUUAGCAAAUUGCAUUAAUAUCUCAAAUUUAACACUUGAUCUUUAUGACAAUUAAAUUGGUGAUUAAGGUGUAUCAGGCUUAGGUUUAGCUAUAGCAAAUUGCACUAAUCUCUCAAUUUUGAAACUUGAUCUUUAUAGAAAUUUUAUUGGUGAUGAAGGUGUAUCAGUCUUAGGUUAUGCUUUAGCAAAUUGCACUACUCUCUCAAAUUUGACACUUAUUUUUAUUGAUAACUAAAUUGGUGCAACAGGUGCAUCAGGCUUAGGUUUUGCUUUAUCAAAUUGCACUAAUCUCUCAAAUUUGACACUUUAUCUUAGGAAAAAUUAAAUUAUUGAUUAAGGUGCAUCAGGCUUAGGUUCUGCUUUAGUAAAUUACACUAAUCUCUCAAGCUUAAUACUUGAUCUUAGGUAAAAAAAGUUUAUUUAUUUUUGA